GACUGUAUGUGCGUCUUUGCUUUUCUAUACAAAGAAUUAUCAUUGUUUGAAUUCGGUCAAAAUAUCAUUGUUGGUUCGUUGGUUCGUUGGCUGCGGCCUGUAGGUGGCUUGGCACCCUGUUCGGCGGCUACCGUGUACCCCUGAUUAUGAGUUAUUACACAUACCCGUGAGCCUACCUACUAGGUAACCUACCUACAUACAUACAAACGGGCCAGAGCCUUGUGAUCGGCGUUAUUUCGACGGUUAGGCAGAAAAGAAGAUUGACAAUGUCAAUAAACUGCCUUAGCUAUUACAUUGGAAACGAAAGGCCAUACGAUGAGACCAAGUCUGAUUUCUCACAACCUGGUUGGUGGCCUCGCCCAAGUCUAUGUUGCAGACUGCAGUAACCAUGGUUUGUUGGCUUCAAAAUGGUCGAGUCGUUUGGUCUGUAAGGUGGUAGAGGCAUCAUGGCAGUCGUCUAAUUCGAGGCUAACCCACCACGUAAUACUAGCAAAGCGAAGUAUGCGUUUCUUCCAAUUUCCAUCUGUUACUUAAGUAUGUCCAUGGUAUCUACUUAGGACAAAAAAUAAAGGAAGCUUUUCUGUAUACAAUUUCUUCCUUUUAUCACUCAGGCGCCUAAACCCAACACCAUCGAAUCUCAUCAAUAAUUUCUACGCCUACUUUGAUGACAAGAAUCUUUAAGAUGGGCAGCUAUGCGGGUAAUGACGCGGUUCACGACCAGCCCACCCCUGGCAACCUCGCCAUUCUGACCAAGGUCGACAAGCUGCGUGAGCUCAUUGGGACCAAGGUUGCGCUACCACAACUUGUCGUCGUCGGAGACCAGUCUUCAGGAAAGAGUUCAGUGCUUGAAGGUUUAACAGGCUUUGGCUUCCCAAGAGAUGCCGAACUUUGCACGCGAUACGCGACUCAGAUUACCUGUCGUCGUGAGAUCGAAGAGAGUAUCAAUGUUUCUAUCAUACCUCAUGCCGAUGCGCCCCCCCACGAGAAGGAGCGUGUUAAGAAAUUCCAUCGCACCUUGAAAACCAUGAAGCAGGAGAGUCUCGCAGAGCUAUUCAGAGAGGCCAACGAUGCCAUGGGAAUCAAAACUUCUACAAAGUCCACCUCAGCCGACGGCAUUAAUCUUUCAGCAUUUAGUGAACACAUUCUCAAGAUUGAGAAGCUUGGUCCUGAUGAAGAGCAUUUCACCGUGAUCGAUGUACCAGGUAUAUUUCGAAAGGAGACCGAAGGCAUCACCACCGAAGGCGAUAUCGAACUGGUUAGGAACAUGGUUAAGAAUUAUAUGAAGGAUACCAGGACAAUAAUCUUAGCCAUCAUGCCUGCUAAUGUGGAUCCUGCUACACAAGAGAUCUUGAAGCUAGCUAAGAAAGCUGAUCCAACGAUGACAAGGACUAUGGCCGUUCUUACCAAACCAGAUCUAGCGAUCGAGAGCACAAUGAAGAAUAUCGCUAUUCAGCACGUUCUGGGUAGACGGAGUGAUCUAUCACUAGGAUAUUACAUCGUCAAAAAUCGUGGUCCUGAUGACCUCGGUAUGACCCUUGAACAGGGUCAGGUUAAGGAACGUAUUUUUUUCGCAACCGAGCCUUGGUCAGUUCUUCGAAAUACGGGCAGAGCUGGCGUCUUUGCAUUGAAAGCUCGUGUGCGCGAGCUCCUCGUCGACCUUAUCAAAAAAGAGUUUCCAAAGCUCAAGGCGGACAUUGUCAAAGAGAGAGACGGGUUGAGAUCUCAACUGGACAAGAUGGGACAAUCUAGGAAUAACCAAUAUACGCAACGUGCUUACCUCAACAGGAUGGGCGAAGCAUUCCAAACGCUUGCUCGAGAUUCACUCAAUGCUUGCUAUGACAACGACGCGAUAUUCGACGAGCAGCACGAGCUCAGGCUCAUCACUCGUAUUGUCGAUGAGAGUGAAAAGUACUCGGAUGUCAUGUCGAAGAAUGGCCACACGAGGCCUUUCGAAUCCGAUGGUCCCGAUAAGGAUCCUGAUGAGUCAAGCGACCCUACGCUUGCUCGCCCCUAUCCUGAGCUUGAGGACUUUGAUUGCCCCGAACUCGAGGGUAUCUUUGACCCUUCAGAUGUUAUUAUGCCAACCACAGACAAGAAGGGUGACAUAAUGGGUUAUAUAGAGAGUGUUUACAAAGAAAGCCGCGGGCAGGACCUCGUACCAAUCAGCAACACCGUUAUAUCUGCCAUAUUCAAGGACCAAACCAAGAAAUGGAAGCCCAUCACACUCUCCUAUAUGACUAAGGUGAUUUUCGAAAUUCAUCUGUUCAUCAAAGAAAUUCUCAAACAAGUAUGCCCCGAUGAACGUGUACGCGAAGAGCUAUGGGACGGAUAUCUUCUCGAGGGGCUCCAGAAGUCGUAUCGCGUAGCCUUGGACCAAGCGAAGCUCCUGCUCAAGAUCGAACGUGAAGAAAGUCCAAUGACCUACAACCAUUACUACAACGACAAUCUUCAGAAGUCUCAGGCUGAACAUUUUGUAGUCGCCUUAGAGAAGCUCGGAUUAGAGAUGCAAGCGCCCGUUGAUACUAAGCAUACUAACGUCCGCAGCUUUGAGCAAGGAACUUUCCUCAGCAAGGCGGUAUUGAAAGCCCUAUCAUUGAAUAUGGGAAAUUCAGAAUACAAUCUCAAGUUGAUCCACGACAUCCUGAAGAGUUAUUACAAGGUAUCUCGCAAACGCUUCGUCGACGUCAUCUGCAAGCAGGCCGUCAACCACUAUCUAUUGAGAGGCGAGGGCAGCCCUCUCACUAUCUUCAGUACUCAGAUGGUCCAGGAACUUAACGAGGAUCAGCUUGACAUGAUCGCUGCUGAGGAUGCCCCCGUUAAGCUCCGCAGGGAGAAGCUGGUGCGCGACAUUCAGAACUUCGACGACGCCUUAAAAGUGCUGAGAGGAUCAGGCUAAGCUAAGUGACGAAGGUGAAUCAUGUAAGCUAGUCGAUGGGGAUUAUGUCGGAUCGGUGCUUUCUUCCUCACGGCGUUUGGUUCGGAUGGGUAGGGUACUUACUGACAGAACUGUACAAUUUGUAUUCAAGAUUGUCUUUUCCAUACGAGAAAUGCCGUAAGCUUCGAUGUUCGUUUUUCGUGACCUCGCUUCUCCACCGUAAUUAUAAUCAACAAGAAGUCUCUUUAGGUAAC